AUGUCGGGCGAGGCGUGGCUAUACCUCUUCGCCGUCAUCAUAAAUGCGGUCAACCUUUUCCUCCAGGUGUUCUUCACCAUCAUGUACAGCGAUUUGGAAUGGUACGGCUUCCCUGGACAGCAGCAGCUGGUGAACUUGGACGGCUGGCGGCAGGCCAUAUCGGCCAGCAACGGUCGCUGGCUGGCGCGACUACGUCAAGCCCACUACUGCCUGGUGUUGGGCAGCGACUACAUCAACCCGAUUGACCUGUGCAACCGCCUCAACACGUACAUCAUUCCUGAAGUUGCGGUCCACGGAUUCCUAACGUUCCUGUUCCUUAUCAACGGAUACUGGCUUCCCCUGAUCCUCAACCUGCCCCUCCUCGGGUGGAAUGUGAAGAAGAUCGUUGACAACACACAUCUCCUGGAUGCCACCGAGAUCUUCCGCAAGCUCAACGUGCACAAGAAGGAAUCCUUCACCAAGCUCGGCUUCCACCUCGUCCUCUUCUUCUUCUAUCUUUACAGCAUGAUCGUCGCCCUCAUCAAGGAUGAAGCCCACUAG